CGGGAAGGACGCACACGCUCGGGCCGGGCUCGUGCACCGGGCCGCUAUAAAAGCGGUCCCCUUAUCGGACGGCGUGCUCAAUCGGCCGAAGGAUACUAUCGGCACCACGUGGUCGGCAGUCAGUUUGCAGUGGUGCGGUGUUUUCGAGUGUUUGGGCCUGUCCGUGCAGUGUCCGUGUCGGAGCAGCUCUUCGGAUCCUAACCGGUGAACGUUUUUGGGGUUUUUUGGGGAAUUUGUGAACAGUUUUGGAGCCUACUUCCCAGUGGUGGGCUACAAACUUCCUGUAGCAAGAAUCAGGAUAAGGCAGUGAUUUCAAGUGAAUCUUACUAAAGGGAAGGACGCUCAACAGGUGCUGUAAAUUGUGGUGUGCCUGUGUGCUUCAUGGUCAAGAAUAUAGGAUGUGAUAUUGCUGAUAAGCCUUACCGACCCGCCUACCAGUCCAGAAUCAAGGCUGUGUGUGCAUUAGGAUAAUUUUGUUUGCGGCGUGCCACCUGUUUUGCAUCACUAACCUGGAAGUCAUUUUUCAAGGCUGACAACGACGACGCCGCCUCAGCAGCAAUGGUGUGCCGUGUGUCCUGGCAAAGUGUGUAAUAAAAUCCCCUCGUCUUGUUAAUGCGAAAGAAAACUCCCCCGAGAGUUGUGUGUGUGUGUGCGGGUGUUGUAGGGGAAAAGGUCCUGUAUCACCCCCACGGAAGACCGUCAACCAUCCUUGAAGAAGGGCCCCGGAGCUCUAAAUGCGUCUAUCGAUCAGACGCCAAACCAGCCCGAUCCGGUACACGCGCUCCAUCCCCAGUACAGCAGGCUCGACAUGGUAAUGGAAUGCGAUCCAUAACGCUGUUACGAACGUAUAAAAAUAAUCCUUGCGUAAAAUCGAGCAACUGGCCGUGAAAAGCCUGUGUCGAUAGCAACAACAACAAAGAAACAAAGCAACAACGGUAACCAGCAACCAGACAGAAACCGGCCACAGUUUGUACCGGUGUACCGCUGUGCUAUCAGCUAGAUAAAAGAAACGCACUCGCUAAACUAACUACCCAACUUUAUUCGCUCGCUAUGCAAAUGAGCCGCGUCUGCAGCACGCGCGGUGCCAUAUAAAAUGUCAACGGGACGUAAAUUAUCGCGUGACGAUCAAGCAGCACCUUGUCAGCUGUAUCGCCCAACGAUGAUGAUGAUGAUGGCACACCCAAUCGACUGGGAUCGGUUCACCGAGGCCAAUGGCCAAAGCAAGCAGAAGCAGCACCAUCUUCACCAUCUAUCCCACCGUCUCUACAACGCCCUGUAAGAGCAUUGUUACAAACGGCAGCACCUCACCGACAGGAGCGGUCACCACCGUCAGCGAUGGCCAGCGGGGCCGGGCGCAACAGAAAUGGGGCGUCACUGAACUGCGUUCCGUUUGUGUGCUGUGCCGUUUUACUGUGCUGGGUGGGCUGCCAUACGCCGCCGCCCGUUACGGCACACCCGCGUGACCAUCGGCCCAUCGUACAGCGAACGGUGGAGGAUACCGAAAUUGGGCAGCUUCUGAGCAGCCUGCUGGACGGGGCUGGCCGGGACGGGGACGAUUACAACUUGGAGGAGGACGGUGAGUCGACGGGCGGUGGUGUGGCCGGUUCGGCCGGAAGUGGCAACGGUUCGAGUCUCGCCGGGGGCCACAUCGACCGGGUGCACAAACGGAGCCUUAGCAACCUUGAGAUACAACCGAUCAUAGACGAUACAAAUUACACCGUGUACCAUGUGGGUGUGCUGAUGGCAUCGCAUCUCGACUCACCUUUCGACCUGGAACGCUGUGGACCGGCUAUCGAUUUGGCGCUCGAGCUGGUCAACCAAAGUCUCAUGAAAGUGCACAACGUACGGCUUAGCAAGGUGCAGCGAAGCUAUGCCACCUGCUCCGGCUCCAAAUCACCCGGGCUGGCGGCCGAUUUGCACUUCAAGCAUAGCGUGAUCGCGUUCAUCGGACCGGCCUGUGCCUUUGCGCUCGAGCCCGUCGCCCAGCUGGCCGACUACUGGAAUACACCCAUCAUCACCGGGAUGGGCGAUCAGCCCCCAUCGGAGGGUGAACUCUCGGUAACGUCCGGCAUUCUGGGCCGCUUGAGCAACAGGUGGAAAAAUGAUAGCUCGGGUAUGUUCAAGGAUAAGUCCCGCUACCAGACGCUCACCCGCAUGUCCUACUGCCAGUGCCGGCUGAAGCUGGUGUUCUCGAGCAUCUUCCGCCAGUUCGGCUGGCGCCAUAUCGCACUCAUCAUCGACCGGUCGGAUCUGUUUUCGCUGACGGUUGGGAAGAACCUGGAGUACGGGCUGAAGGACGAGGAGCUGCUCAAGUUUGUGCGCGAGCUGGACGGUAACGAUGAGGAGGACAUCGAAGCCUACCUGAAGGAUGCGAGCAUGUACGCGAGGGUGAUAAUACUGUCCGUGCGAGGUUCGCUGGUGCGCAAGUUUAUGCUUUCCGCCCUGGCGCUCGGUAUGACGCGCGGCGAGUUCACCUUUCUCGAUGUGGAAAUCUUCCAGAGCUCCUACUGGGGCGACCACUACUGGGAGCUGGGCGACGAGGACGACUUUAAGGCGCGCAAAUCGUACGAGGCGCUGCUGCGCGUCUCGCUGCUACAGCCGACCAGCCCGACCUACCAGUACUUUGCGGAAAAGGUGCGCGCACUGGCGAAGCAGGACUACAACUACACGUUCGUGGAGGACGAGGAGGUGAACUUCUUCAUCGGCGCGUUCUUUGACGGCGUGUACCUGCUCGGGAUGGCGCUGAACGACACGCUGAACGAGGGCGGCGACAUACGGGACGGUACGGCGAUUACGCGGAAAAUGUGGGGCCGUGACUUUGAGGGGAUCACCGGACACGUGCGGAUUGAUGACAACGGUGAUCGUGAUGCGGACUAUUCCAUCCUCGACCUGGAUCCAAUUACCGGGCGGUUCGAGGUGGUGGCCCACUACUACGGCAUUACGCGGGAAUACUCACCCGUCAAGGGGAAGAAGAUUCAUUGGCCGGGCGGUCGCGAAGGUCCACCGCCCGAUGUGCCCAAGUGUGGAUUCCUCGGCACAUCGCCCGCCUGCCAGGGCAAUGGGGACAUGAUUAUCCUUUAUGGGCUCGUUGGAUUCGGCAUAAUCUCCGCCUUUGCCGCUGCGGUCACGUAUAUACUGUGCAAACAAAUGAAGCUUAAUAGCGAGCUGAACAACAUGUCCUGGCGGGUCCGGCCGGACGAGGUGCUGCUGGAGGUGGGCAAAAUGUUUGGCAGCAAAAUGGGACUGCAGAAGCUAAACUAUGAGAACUUUUCACUGCAGCAGUUCGGGCUGAACUCGGGCCGCGUUUCGAUAGCAUCCGGCAACUCGCAGCUGCCCGCCCAGCUCUUCACCACCAUCGGCAUCUACAAGGGCGAACGGGUCGCCAUCAAAAAGGUGGCGAAAAAGAAGGUCUACAUCACCUCCACGCUGCUGUGGGAGAUCAAGCAGGCGCGCGACGUGAGCCACGAAAAUACGGUCCGCUUUGUCGGCGCCUGUAUCGAUCUGCCCCGCCCAACGAUCCUCAUCCUGACCGAGUACUGCCCCAAGGGUAGCCUGAAGGACGUGCUGGAGAACGAAGCGAUUCAGCUCGACUGGAACUUCCGCAUGUCGCUGAUACACGACGUCGUGAAGGGUAUGGCCUACCUGCACAACAGUGACGUCGGCGUGCACGGUAAGCUGCGCUCCUGCAACUGUCUCAUCGACGGUCGGUUCGUGCUGAAAAUCUCCGACUUUGGGCUGCGCACGCUGACCACGCCGUCGGAGUACGUGCGGGACCAGAACUACUACAACAAGCUGCUGUGGGUUGCGCCGGAGCUGCUGCCCGCCACCGUCAUCCCGGGUACGCCCGCCACCCAGAAGGGGGACGUUUACUCGUUCGCCAUCAUACUGGAGGAGAUCGUGGUGCGCGGUGGCCCGUACGAAACGGCUCGCCAGUUUCUGGAUCCGCAGGCGAUUGUGGAGCGGGUGGCCCUGCACGAGAGCCCGCCGUUUCGGCCGUUCGUGGGACAGCGGGACUGUCCGCCGGAUCUGCUUGACCUGAUGGAGAAGUGCUGGUCGGACAGCCCGGACGAUCGGCCAACGUUUUCCGGCAUCCGGAGCAGCGUGCGGCUGAUCAUGAAAGGAUUCUGCGAGAACCUCAUGGACGAUCUGCUGCGCCGCAUGGAGCAGUACGCCAACAACUUGGAAAGCUUGGUGGAGGAAAAAACCGAACAGCUCAGCAUGGAAAAGCGGCGCACGGAGGAGCUGCUCUACCAGGUGUUGCCGCGCCCCGUCGCACAGCAGCUGCUGGCCGGUGAGAUGGUCCAGCCGGAACAGUUCGAGUGUGUCACGAUCUAUUUCAGCGAUAUCGUCGGCUUCACCGCCCUGUGCGCCCAGAGCCGCCCGAUGGAGGUGGUGGACUUUCUGAAUGAUCUGUACAGCACGUUCGAUCGCAUCAUCGGGUUUUACGACGUGUACAAGGUGGAAACGAUUGGCGAUGCGUACAUGGUGGUGUCGGGGCUGCCGGAACGGAACGGGCACGAUCAUGCGCGUGAGAUUGGGCUGAUGGCGCUGGCGAUACUGGAUGCGGUCAGGUCGUUCACCAUCAAGCAUAAGCCGGAGUAUCAGCUGAAGAUACGCAUCGGCAUUCAUUCGGGACCGGUUUGUGCCGGUGUCGUUGGGCAGAAGAUGCCCCAUUACUGUCUGUUUGGGGAUACGGUCAAUACGGCCUCGCGGAUGGAAUCAACUGGACACCCACUCAAAAUUCAUGUGUCGGAGGCAGCUAAGCAAAUACUGGACAAAUUUGGAACGUUUCGGACGGAGCUGAGAGGAGACGUUGAGCUGAAGGGUAAAGGGAUCGUCACGACCUACUGGUUGCUGGAGUGCUCUGAACCCGACCCACGACCCCCGACACCGAUGAGAAACUAUAAUGAGAACGAAGUACCAUUCCCGAUACUGUUCCCAGCGAUCGGAAAGUAAAGGAUUCUUCCCUUCACUCCCUGCAGCAUGCUGCAGUAUGUCCAGCGUGCUGCUGUCUCGUUACUUGUCAAUGUUAGCCAACUCUGUGUCUUUCGCUUCGUAAUAUUCGCCUCUCGGCCCGGAUGAUGGUGUGACGGUGUGCGAAGAAGAUUGUCGGACGGUUUCAGUCACGGGCCACGGGUGGAAUGUCGUCCGCAUUUAUGUGUCAAUUGAAAUCAGGAUCAACAUGUAUAUGUAUCAGUGUGUGUAUGUGUAGUUGUAAUUUGGAGCAGCAUACCCGUACCGUAUUAUUAACCAAUUGUCCAUAUUUGGCUGCAGAGCUGGGGACGGGUAGUAUAAAAGUGGGAAAGGUUUUUGCGGGAGAGAUAUGAUAUGAAGAUGGUAAACUAUUUUGUGUAGCAUUUAUAGCCACCCGGACUUAGCCGGUGUACCAUAAUGAGAACUAUUUUGAUGUAUUUUCGCUGUUCUUGCGACCAUGUAUGAAUAAAUGUGAAUAUACAACUGUG